GGGUUUCAAAUCGGAGGGAGAACCAAAGCCCGCUGCGGGAAGAAGUCACGGGAAGAGCGCCGGGAAGGGCGCGAGACUUCGGGAAUUCCUGCUCUCUGCAGAUAUUUCCGAAUCGAGAUCGGAAUGUUCAGAGAAUCGCGAGCUCGCGCGACGGAAAUGAUUGCCCGCGACCGGGUCACGAGAGCGACGGACGAUCUGAGCUCUGGCAGAACCAAGAAACAUCCACCGGGGCCCGAAAAUCUCCGGCAAUAACUGCUCCUGCCACUGCUGCAGCCAGAUCCGCCCUCCGCCAUCCCUCCCUCCCUCGCUGCGGAUGUGAAUCCCCGAGGAUUCUUCGUCCCCGACAUGGCGAGGGUUCGUGGAUGGACACCCCGUGGAGCAAUCGGAGCGGCGAUGUCUGUCCUCGUCCAUGGCUAGGGUGCGGCAAAGAGGAGGCAAAAUCGAACGGAGUUUGGAUGAGAUCCGCAGCAGGAGUGAGUGCGAAUCCGGUGAGGUGGACCCGGAGCAUCCCACAUGGAUUCCCCCCGAGCUCACGAUCGCUUGAGUGCUUGAGCUGAGGCGUGCCGGCAGGAGCGGAAGCGACGCAGAGUCGAGUCGCGGUGUCGGCAUGGAUCGGAAGGUGCUCCGUUCCGCCGUAGUCUCAUGGACUGAAUGGGAGAUGGUCGCGGUUUGAGGGUUGUUUGCACGCAUUGUCGAUGCCGAUGCCUUGGCACUGCGAGCUCCGGGCACGGCAAGUGCGUUGACGACGACGAGGACGGGGAGGAGUUCGAGUCGACGACGUCUGUUGUUGCAGCGAGCCGGGCAACGAUCCUGCUUUUCGAACUAGUCGUCGGUCAAUCGGGCGGUCCGUUGGAAGCAGCCACUUGUUGUCGUUCGUCGACCGAAAGCGUGCUCGCAGACCGAGAAUCGAUUCGAUUUCUUCCUUCCUGACCGCCGCCAAGGGCUUGUUCUGUACCAUCAUCACGCACGUCUGAAUCGAGUGGGCAUUGUGGACCUCAUUGUGUGCCUCGCUAGUGCAUCGUUUCUGUCUGAGAGUCUGAGAGUGGAGCAAGAAUGCAGCACGCCUGGAAAUUCUCAAUGCUGGUCCGGAAUCCUUUGUUGUUGUAGGCGUGGAUUGUGUCGGAGAGCAGUGGAUUUGGGAGACAGGUUGAAUUCUGGACUUCGGCGAUUACGGUUCCAGCGAAUGCUUCCGGCCUGUUUCUUGCCUUGUUACUGUUUCAGCAAUCUCGUUGCUUUUUUUGAAUUUAGCUGUCAAUUACGAGACUGGUCGAGACUGGAUAAUUCGCCUCGUGUGAGAAGGCGGUAGUGAGUAAGGCUCUUGGCUCAAGAGUGAGAUCCAUUCUCAGUUUUCCGUGUUAGAGGGCCGAGGUUGGAUUCCAGUGGGCGAUGGUUCGGAGUUCUACUCGGUGGGAGAUUCUGCAGUGAUCUGCAUAAUGGUGUGGGAAUGGCUUUGGCCGAAUAGCUCAGAAGGGGUCCGUCUAUCGGCAACGCGGGAGAUUGCAUUGAACUUCGCGUCUGUUACAUUAUCGACGGGUUUUGUAGCUGAAGAUUUUUGCGAAAUUGAAGUGCAGAAAGGCGACUGGCUGCACGACAUUGGCCGCCGGUACAAUGUCGAUGUCAGAUCGUUAUUGAAGGCUAAUCCAAAUAUUUUCAACCCAAAUAGCUUGAAAGUUGGUACUCGCAUCAAAGUUCCCUGCCCGCCCACGGUUAUCGGCACAACACCUCAGAGUGACGUUUCGGGAAGGGCUUCAUUGAGCACUGGAAUCGAUCCUGGAAUGAGCAAUUUACCAACAAAGGCUGUGGUGUCGCUCGGCCACCCGCCUGAAAUUUUUACUCUGAGCAAGGCGUUGGUCCUCUUGAGUCAGGUCCUAUGGAAGAAGGAGAGAGAAUACAAGGUUGUAGAAGGCGACAACUUGGAAUGGCUCGCCGAGAAGUUUGGUACUUCUGUGAAAUCAAUUAAGAAACUCAAUAAUCUACAGGAUGACGUUAUUUGCACUGGCAGCAUCCUGAAGAUUGAAAGGUCGAGAGCUUUCGAGCAACGAAUGUCACUAGGGAGAAAAGCAAGUGUGCCAGAAAGGAACGCAGCAGUUGAGGGAGUGAGGAUUGACACUUUUCUCAAAACGCCUCUGUCGUUUAAUCCGAUUUUUAAAGUUCGGCUCCCCGUAUUGAAAAACAAGAAUCUGAAAUCCCUCACUCCGAAAACAGUAAAGGUUCAGUAUGGGGACACUUUAGCAGACAUCGCCUAUACAAAUGGCUUAACCAUAAGGGAACUUCAGCGUUUAAAUCACCUACGCGAUGACGUGAUCUUUGAGGGCGAUGUCUUGGCUGUGAGCUCAGGACCUUCCAAGAUGGAUCCAGCUGACUUGCGGCCUGGGAGGAGAAGAACCAAUCGACCUCUGUUCUCGAGGCAGGUUCUUGGAGGACUAGGUGUUGGUGGUCCAAAGCAGCUGGCCAGAAGCGAGUCCUUCAAGGGUGGAUUGAAGACAGAAGGUCGAUGGAAGAGAAGGAAGAAAGGAUUUCAGGUGGAGGAAAAGUGGAUGCGAUUUACAGCUCCCCUCACUGAAGGUUUCGUGAGCAGCCCCUUUGGGUGGCGAUGGGGCGCUUUUCAUGAGGGAGUUGAUCUGGCCGCAGACCAAGGGACUCCAAUUCUUGCAUCAGAUAAAGGAACUGUUACCUUCGCCGGUUGGAGUGGCGGUAGAUAUGGAUAUCUCAUUGCCAUCCAACAUGAAGGAGGUUUCAUCACCAGAUAUGCUCACUGUUGUUCUAUCCAUGCUCGCGUGGGGCAGCAAGUAGCCCGGGGCCAACAUGUAGCUGCUGUGGGAUCUACAGGCCGUUCCUCUGGUCCUCAUCUACAUUUUGAAGUCAGGAGAAAUGGAGAAGCACUGGAUCCUUUCCAUUGGGUAUAUCUGUAAUGUACAUUAGGAGGUCAUCAAGUCCACAAAUUUUGAAAAGUUGGUAGGCAAUCAUCUACCACCGUUUGUAGUGUAUAAUCAAUGGAUCAUUUGCUGCGUUCUGUAGACAUUCGCCUUGGCUGUUGCAACUCAUUUGUGCUUAAGAGUCCACGGUGAAUAGCAACGAGUGUCCAACCAUCUUAUUAUAAUGUAGUAAAUCAAUUCGUAUCAUUCUCUC